AUGCGCAUUUUAGUUUUAGUACCUCCUGUAUUUUUAUAUUUUAUUUGUUUGAUAAAAUGCUUUACUACUAAUAAAAGGGCUUCAUUACACAAAAGUUUUUUAAUCUCUUCAUCGUUAAAAGCAAAAAAUAAAAAUACAGAGGCAGCUACACCAACGCGCACCAAACAAAAGGAACACAGACGAGUAAAAAAUGAAAUAUUACAACAAUUAAUAAAUGAACAUGCUGCUAAUAAAAAUGAAGAAAGUGUUGAAGAUAUAAAGAGAGAAGUAAAAAAUAACUUGGAUGUUGAUAAAGAAAUAUUAGAAGGAAAACGAAUACCAAGAAUGAGGAUAAAAAAUACAAAUAAUCAUAUAUAUGCAUCAAUUAUAGAUGACUAUAAAAAACAUAUAUUAUGUUUUACAUGUUCUAGAGAUCCAAACUUAUCAAAUAUAUUAGGGACAUAUGUUAAAAAGGAAACAAAUAGAAUAGUUAAUGAUGGGAAAACCAUUAAAUCAGCAUGGGAGAUUGGAAAAAUUAUUGGAAGAAAAGCAUUAAAUAAAGGUAUAUUUAAAGUAAGGUUUGAUAGAGGUAGACAUAAAUAUGAAGGUAAAGUAGAAGCUUUAGCCGAAGGUGCAAGAGCCGUUGGUCUUAUUUUGUAG